AUGGCAGAUAAAAUAUUUACUCUUGCUGGACAGGGGCUCAAGCUCGAUUCGCGUGCAGAUGUAGAACCUCAUGUCGAGAAGCUCAGGGCGAUGGAGGACGUGGAGGAGAUCCAUCUGGGAGGGAAUACUUUCGGUGUCGAGGCUUGUCAAGCUCUGGCAGAAGUGUUAGAAACGAAAAAGACGCUCAAGGUAGCAGAUCUAGCAGACAUCUUCACCAGUCGCCUGAUCACCGAGAUCCCCACAUCCCUUUCUGCACUCUGCGACGCCCUCAUCUCCCAUCCCCAGCUGCACGAGAUAAACCUCUCGGACAACGCCUUCGGUGGCCGUUCUGCCGAACCCAUGGUCCGACUUCUCUCCCAAAACACAGCUAUCUCCGUCCUGAAGCUGAAUAACAAUGGCUUGGGCCCUGCAGGUGGGGAAAUCGUCGCCCGCGCCUUGCUGGCCAGCGCGGAGAAAAGCGCUGCUGCCUCCGAAACUAGCAAUCUGAAGGUGGUCGUUUGCGGCCGGAAUCGGCUCGAAGACUCCGCCAAGGUGUUCGCUGAAGCGUUUGCUAAGCACGGCACGCUCAGGGAAGUGACGAUGCAAAACGACGGGAUCCGCAUGAGCGCAAUGCUCGCUCUCGUCGAGGGACUCUCCCACUGCCCAGACCUGGAACUCCUCGACUUGGCAGAUAACACCCUUACCGAAGUGACCGACUCUGGGGCGAUUGACCUCGCCGGCCCGAGGCUCGUUGCGAAGGUCCUCCCUCGGUGGAAGAACCUACAAGUACUCAAUCUCUCCGACUGCGUACUCAAACCCCGUGGGGGGGUGCUGAUCGCCCAGUCCCUCGCUGGCGGCAGCAACCCGGGGCUGAGAGAGCUGAAAUUCGAAAACUCGGAAAUUGACCCCAAGACGUUUGGGCUUUUGGCCGAGGCCAUCUCACGCCUCCCUGAGUUUACGCUGCUGGAGCUGAAUGCCAAUAGGGGGGAUGCGGAGCACGAGACCCUACAGGCGAUCAGGGAAGCGCUGAAAAAGCAGGGGAAGGAAGACGCACUGGGAGAACUGGACGAGAUGGAGGAGAUUGACGAGGAGGAGGAAGAGGAAGAAUAUGUAGAGGUGUUCCCAGAGGCGGAGGAGGCAGAGAAGGAAGAGGGAGAGGAAGUGGUGGUUGUGCAGAAGGAGCAGAAGGAGGAAGAGGAGGUACAGAAGGUUACGGAGGAGCUGGCGGAGGUCAAGCUGGAUGGCGCUGUGCCCCCUGCUGCUGCUGCCCCAGUCGAAGUUUUCGCUGCCGUUGUCAACGUGCCCGCUACUGUCGAAACACCUGCUCCAGUCGAAGCACCCACUCCCGCUGCUGCAGAGUCCUCUGCUCCAGCACCGGUCGAAGUUCCUGCACCUGCUGCAGCAGAGCCCCAGACGACUCAGGAGACUGAAGCGUCCGCGGAGCCAUCUGCCAACGGAGUCCCCGCUCCAGCGCCGGUCGAAGUUCCCGCUCCAGCAGCAGCGGUGGAAGCCGCCACCGCCCCUACCGCUUCCGAGACCCAGCAAAGUCAAGAGGCCUCCACACAUGCGCCUGAGCCCUCAGUCCCAGCUCCCGAAGCAGCGGUCAAAGCCACUGCCGUCCAAGUCCCUGUCGAGACUGCCGCCGCCGCUGUCCCCCCCAAGACUACCGCCCCUCCCUCGUCCUUCAAGCCUAUCGAAGCCCCUGCGGCCUCCGCACCUCCCUCGUCCUUCAAGCCUGUCGACGUCGCCAUCCCGCCUGCAACGGAAAACGGCACUGCCACAACCUCGAAUGCUCAGGAACCGGAGACGCCUGCGAAAGGCGGGAGCUGGCGCCAGAAGGGCGUGCGGAGGAGGAAAAGUAUUCUGGGCGGACUGGGUGAUUUGGGGGAUAAGAUCGUGGGCGUGUUUAGCCCCAAGAGGAGGGUAAGCAACGUCCCCAAGUGAGUGGCUGCACCUGGUUCGCUCUACCAUACAUGGCUUGAUGUGGAAUUUCUUGAUUCAUGGGUGGAGUGGCCCCUUUUUGUCUUCUUGUUGGUCGAUGUGACACCCCGCGUAGUUCGGCGAUAUACCUG